AUAAAUCUAAAGUAAAACCCUAACAAGAAAAAAUCACCACCCCCAUCAAAUCAAAUUAAAAAAAAAAUUGCAGGCACCGCCACUUUUCUCUUGUAUCAGAAACAAGCCGGACUAGCACCGAACUCAACUCGCCGGAAAACGCAGCCGGAGUUGUCCGUCGUCAGCCAGAAAGUGAAAAAGUAAUAAAGUUUCUUUUUAUGAAUGGCUUUGCAACUAUUGAGAAAUCGCGCCACAUCGUCGACAUUCAAUUUGUUCUUUAAUGCUAUUCGCCGUUUCUCUUCUGCUGAGGUUUCGAACGGAAUUCCCGAAGAGGCACGUGAGAGAAUGUUGUAUUCUGACAUAAACUCACAGAUUGGUAGUUGCAUGCCUCUCUCUUCAAUGCGAAUUGGAACAAUCAUUCACAACAUUGAGCUGAACCCGGGGCAAGGUGGAAAGCUGGUCCGAGCGGCCGGAACCAAUGCAAAGAUCUUGAAAGAGCCCACGUCACAGUACUGUUUAAUUCAACUCCCCUCUGGUGUUAAAAAGUUGAUUGAUUCUCGAUGCAGGGCCACUGUCGGUACUGUCUCUAAUCCAACUCACGGUGAUCGUAAGCUUAGGAAGGCUGGCCAUAGCAGAUGGCUUGGUCGGAGACCGGUUGUUCGGGGUGUGGCUAUGAAUCCUGUUGAUCAUCCUCAUGGUGGAGGAGAGGGCAAGAGCAAGAGUAGUGGUGGGUGGGGGAAAGGAUCCCGCACUCCUUGGGGUAAGCCAACUAAGGGUGGCUUCAAGACUGGACCUCUUAAACGGAAAAAGUAGGUAAGUAGGUAUUUACUAGUACACAACAUUCUUGUAAUACAAAUCUUUCUAAUGUUGAUGCUUCCUUAAUAAUUGUGGAAGCUUUGGAACUAUUCUACUUCCAAUCAUGGAUUUGAUUUGGUUCGGCCAA